CGAACAUGGCGGAUGUGCUGGAUUUACACGAAGCUGGCGGGGAAGACUUCGCUAUGGAUGAAGAUGGGGACGAGAGUAUCCACAAACUGAAGGAAAAGGCCAAGAAAAGGAAGGGCAGAGGAUUCGGUGCAGAUGAAGGCACCAGAGCGAGGAUCCGGGAAGACUAUGACAGUGUGGAGCAGGAUGGGGACGAGCCGGGCCCCCAAAGAUCUGUGGAAGGCUGGAUCCUGUUUGUGACCGGGGUGCACGAGGAAGCCACAGAGGAGGAUAUACACGAUAAGUUUGGAGAAUUUGGGGAGAUCAAGAACAUCCACCUGAAUCUGGACCGGAGGACCGGCUUCCUUAAGGGCUACGCGCUGGUGGAAUAUGAGACGUACAAGGAAGCCCUGGCAGCCAUGGAAGGGUUAAACGGGCAAGACCUCAUGGGGCAGCCAAUCAGCGUAGACUGGGGAUUUGUCCGCGGCCCGCCCAAAGGGAAGAGGAGAAGUGGGAGGAGGAGGAGCCGGAGCCCAGAAAGAAGACGACGUUAGUCACCCCCCAUCUAAUUCCCCGCCCCUUUUUUUGUACAUUGGAUCACUGAUUCCCCCUCCCCCCAAGCAGUGUCCCCCUGUAUCUGGGCAGGUCAUUGGCUCGGUGACCGUUCAUCGUUUUCGUGUGUCGUUUGCCCUAUAAAAAGGUUUUUAAUUUUGCAAAAAGAUGUUCGUGACCCGCUGCCGCGUCUCCGGUGGCCCCAAUACAUUGGGGGGUUCAAAGGGUUCCCCUUUGUUUUGUAUUCACUGUGCUGGCAAUGGUCCCUAAAUUCUUACCAAUAAAGCCUUUUAUGUUACUGG